AUGACGGCAAAUUCCGGCCCCGUCAACACCGGCGGGAGUGCACCGGCGGGGGACGAAUCCCUGGCCAACGCAGCUGCAAAGAAGCGCGAACAAUUGGCCGCCGCAGCAAGUCCUCAAAUGCGGGCUCUUCUUCAACAGGCUCCGAGCGAGAUGAAACAGCCCGAGCAGCGACUGCAGGAAGAGAAAGCAAAACAUCCAGAGGCGGUCGCCUUGCUUCAGCAGAUCGAGGAUGCCCUCGUAUCAAAGCGUUACCACGAGUUCACGAUGGCGUCGUUCGCAUACGUUGCUCCCCUGUCCCUGGGAGACAACUCUCUGGGUAGCGCAUCCAUCGAAGUUCCUUCACCCGCGCCGAGCUUCUCAGGCCUCGACCGCGUGGAGUUCUUCUUCUACGUAGUCGGCCCGCUGCAGAACAAACUCGACGAGGCGGCCUUCCUCAGACUGCUCGGCGCUGUCUGCGAGGACAUUGAUGGCCGAGACGCGCUGUUUUUUCUCUCGUACUACCCCUUGUCGGACGGCACACAGAGUUCGAGUGGCUCUGGCCAGAGCCGGGGGGCGGAGAGCAGCGUGCUGUCGCCAAACGCGUCUCCCUCGGCCUCGCAGGCUCCCAACGCCGCGCUGGCAGCUGCGCUUGAGGCAGAAGUGUUGUAUAAGACGUGCCAGAGCUACCACCUCUCUCAGUGUCAGGAAUUUUCCGAGAGCGAAGAAAUUCUUGACGAGCUUCAGAAGAAGUUGCAUGACACUUCGGUCGGUGUUGGCGGCGUCGCCCAAGCCGCCUUCCAGCGCGCGGCAGCCACUCUCGCAAAGGCGCAGGACAAGUAUGCGGAGUUUUAUCACCACGCCAUCAUCUUUCUGGCGUACACUCCCACCAUGAGUAUUCCAGAAAAGGACCGCGUGGGACUCGCCUACGAGAUUGCUGUCGCCGCCCUUGUCGCCCCGGAUAUCUUCAACUUUGGCGAGUUGAUGCAACAAGCCUUGAUUCUGUCAACACUGAAGACUGAGCCGGAACAUCAGUGGCUGUGGUUGCUCCUCGAGGCCUUCCAUUGCGGCUCUCUCCCACAAUUUGACGCGAUUUGCUCGGACUACGCCCGCCAAAUCCAGGCAACAGCGCUGGCGAACCACAUGCCUGCGCUGCGCCGGAAGAUCGCAACCGCGGCGCUGCUGCGUCUCGCCUUCACGCGAUCGGCAGCCGGGACUGCAGCGGGCAACCCAGAGGCUUCCGGGAUGGGCGAGGGCCCUGCGGCGGAGGCCCCGGUGGGCCUGUCUGCCGGCGGAGCGGGGAUUUCGGCGGCGUCGCGCAGUCUGAGCUUCGAUGUCAUUGCCAAGUCCUGCAAGGUCGGCGAAGACGACGUCGAGCGUCUGGUGAUGCGCGCCAUGAGUCAGAAACUGAUGAGAGGAAGCAUCGACCAGGUUAAGCGUCAGGUGUUUGUCACCUGGGUGCGGCCGUCGCUUCUGCUCGAUGAAACCGGCAUGACCUACUUGCAAGAUCGGCUGCUGCGGUGGAUUGGGGCUGCUGAGCAACUACACCAGCAGCUGCAAAACCAGACGACUGAGCUUCUCGGCUCGUAG